AUGACCCCCAUUGCGGCAUUCCUGACAACUAUAUACCAUGUCGUCCUCUUUGUGCUCUCCUACAAACGCAUGGGUCCUCCCCCCAUCCCAAUUACGACAACAAUUCUCGACCAGAACAACACAAACGGCUCAAGGACAUCAGUAUACAGACCCGGAUCCCCCAUCAACUCGGGAAGGUUGGGCAUUCGUUCCAAUCUUCCCCAGACCGUCGAGGAGCAACGCUACCACGGACAAACGAUCGAACCAUACCCUCCAUUCCUAAUCAAUGUCGCAAACUGCACAAUAUCCUGCCUCCUUGCAGUCUUCUGGACGAGCUUUCCAUGGAUACCUGCGUUUGUAGGCUUUAUUGGGUGGGAAGGCUGGUCAGAGUCAAAGUCAUUCCUUCCCCUCUCGAUUGCCGAAGCGACGCUGGGUUAUCUCGAGACGCUCGUCAUGUGGGCCAUCUUCGGUCUCUGCGUCCAUCACCGCAAACAACACCUCAAGCGCAACGAGUUUAUCCGCAUGGACGGUUAA